AUGGAUGCCCAAAUCGCCAGCUGGGUAAGCUCAUGCCAACCUUGCCAAGAAACCAGGGCUGCCCCACCAGCUGCCACGCCCACCAAGUGGGAGAGUGCUAGUGCCCCUUGGUCUCACCUGCACAUCGACCUGGCUGGACCGGUGCAUGGCAGGACCUUCUUGGUGGUAGUGGACUCCUACUCCAAAUGGAUAGACUUGGCCCUGCUACCCUCGACUACCACUCAAGCAAUAGUUAAGGCUCUGACCCGCUUAUUCACUACCCACGGACUCCCUGACACGCUGGUGUCUGACAAUGGCCCGCAGUUCAUGUCAUGUGAGUUCAGUAUGUACGUUGCUAACUUGGGCAUCAGACACAUACUUACAGCCCCCUUUCACCCCGCUAGCAACGGGAUGGCUGAGAGGGCAGUCAGGUCAGCCAAGGAGGCACUCGCCAGAUUUGGCCAGGAAAACUGGCACACUAAACUGUCACGUUACCUUCUGAGCCAACAUACGAUGCCAUGCACUGCUACUAAUAAAUCCCCUGCCGAACUCUUGAUGGGGAGA